UUUCCCCAUUUCCCAAGCUAACCGCUGAUUAAAACCCAUAGGCGACUGGUAGGGGGUGCACGGGGGUGCACGUGCCCCCCCGCCCCAACACUGAUGCUGUCGGUAGAGCUGGUGGACCCCCUGACAGGGCCACCGCCAUUGGUGGCUUCUGCGGGUGCCCCGCCAGAUUCAGGAGGCACCAGUCACCCACGUUAAAACCCGUUUCUACCAGCCCUAGCUUUGAGCCACCAUGAAACAGGAUUUUCUCUUCUUACUGGAAUGAAUGGAAGUCUUUAUAUUUUACAUUCUAAUACAGACAUCUUUCCAAGCUAUUGUGCAAAGACCAACCCCUCCAAUAUCAUUCAAUGUAACCUCUUGAGUGGCCAUUAUAUUAAAGGAUGUUUUUUUCAAAGAGCUGCCGGGCUUGUGCGGUUCAUGAGCCUCCAUACCCCAGCAGUGCUACGUGUACUGAGACACUGAUGAGUUAAGCAUAAAGUUUAAACCUGUAUUAGGCUCUCUGCCUCAAGUCCACAUGGAGCUACAUUGACUUCCAUGGGUUUCCUGGAUUACGGCUCUAUUCAGUGGCUCAUCAAUGAACCAGGACCCCAUGACCUUACUUAAAUUUAAAAGGACUGUAACUUAAAUUCUCAUGAGAAGAAUCUCAUGUAGCGAGCCUCUUCCCUUACCAGGAAAUCAAACAGAAAUUUAUAAGGAGCAGCACUAAACAAUUUUCACAUCACACACCAAUCCCUGACAAGGACCCAGUUUUCUAAGUGUUGUAAAUAUACCCAUGAUUUAGCCAGGACAGCUGUUUUCAGUAGAAAAGAUUUCUGAUUUUUCACCUCAGCUCAGGGCAUCAGCUAUCCUAGGAAAUCCUCACAGGCUGGAGAGGUCUCCAGAAACAGGUAGCUAAUUCUUUAAGCAGGGAUUUUGCAGACGAAAGUACUGGAGCACAUUUUUUUCAUUUUUUGCCAAAGUCACACAAGCACAUGCAGAACCUCACAUCCUGAAAUCCAUCCUGUCUGGACAUUUGAGUGGGGAGGGCUACACAGCUCCCUGAAAAAAGGGCUGAAUACAUGUGGGAUUGAAAGACGCUGGAAAACAGCUUGCUUGUCUCACUGUCCAACAAGUCUAACAAGCCCAUAAUAAGCUUGAUGCUUCAUGAUCCUCCUCCUGCCUGUCACCUCCCUUCUUCCUAUGCCCCCACCUUCUCUUCUGGCCACAAUAAAUUCCAGGCACCAGCCACCCUACUUCCAGUGCAAGACAAUCUUCCUAAAAGCUGCAUGCUUCUCAACAGAAGGAUGGAAAAAAGGUCUCGAAGCUCCUCCAGUGAGUCUCACAGAAGAAACAGAGAGUCCCCAGCUAUGCAUGGCAAAAGGGACAAGAUGGAGAGCAGCAGAGAAGCCAGUAGAGAAAGAGGGGGGUCCAAGAGAGGGAAAGCAAAGGAGACCAGGAAGGAGGACCAGAGCACUGUGGGGGCAUCCAACAGAGUUCAGUCUUCCACAGUGGUGGAUGUGGACGAGGUGGUGUCUUUCGAUGACGAAAUGGAGGUGCUGGCACUGCUGGAAAGUGAGCGACAAGAGGAAGGUAUAAAGUCUUCAGGUCUCGGUAUCUGUGAGUGGCUUCUUACCAUCCUGUCCCUUCUCUUCAUCAUCAUGACCUUCCCCGUCUCCAUCUGGUUUUGCAUGAAGGUCGUGCGGGAGUACGAGAGAGCCAUUGUGUUCCGAUUUGGGCGCCUCCUUCCUGGAAGGGCCAGAGGGCCCGGCCUCUUCUUCUUCCUUCCCUGUCUGGAUACAUACCACAAGGUAGACCUUCGCCUCAGAACCUUAGAGAUCCCCUUCCAUGAGGUGGUGACCAAAGAUAUAGUUACAUUGGAAAUAGAUGCCAUCUGUUUCUACCGCAUGGAGAAUGCUUCUCUCCUCCUAACCACUCUGGUCAACAUCUCCAGUACUAUCCAGCUGCUGGUACAGACAACCAUGAAACGCUUGCUAGCACAUCGGUCCUUCACUGAACUCCUCCUGGAGAAAAAGAGCAUUGGUCAGGAAAUAAAGGUAGCUUUGGAUGCAGUCACAUGUCGCUGGGGGAUCAAGUUGGAGAGAACAGAAAUCAAUCAUGUGAGGCUGCCAGCUGAACUCCAGCAGUCCUUGGCAGCAGAAGCAGAGGCUCAUAGACAUGCCAAAGUACGGGUGAUAGCUGCUGAGGGAGAAAAGGCUGCCUCUGAAUCCCUGAGGAUGGCAGCUGAAAUCCUGUCCAGCACCCCAGCUGCAGCUCAGCUCCGCUACCUCCACAUGCUGCAAGCCCUGUCUACAGGGAGGCCAUCCACUGUUGUUCUGCCUUUGCCCUUUGACCUGAUGAAUCUUGGAUCUGCAGCCAGCCACAGAUGUACAGCCAGCCUUUCUGAUAACACUGCAAGCCACCCAGAGCCUCAGGAGGACAAGAAGGACUCCCCCAUGUUGUAGAGCCUUCCUGGAAGAAGCUGGAGCUCAAGUGGGGCUGCUGCACCUGCAGCCAUUUCACACAGUCACUCACAAGAGCAAUGAACUGCCUGCCUCCGUGUCAGUAUGAACUGUGGUAGCGCUGGGAUGGAAAGCACACAAGGGCUUGUAAUACAAAGUGUGUUAGACAGCAGAGGAUUUAAGUUUGCUUGGAAAAAGUAUUCCAUAUCUUAAGUGUGCAGGGGGUGGGGCUGGAGCUGCAGGAGCAGGUGUGGUAGGGAUUGUUGCCUCUGAAUUUUCCCAUUGUAUUUCUUUUAUCACCAAGCCACAGUGAGCAGUGCAAGAAUGGUAUUUUAUGCCCACACAAGCUUCACCCCUAGGGAUAGGUCUAUUCUUCCAUGGGUGUUGGGUAGAAAGAGAAACUAGCAUUUAUUUUGAAAGGCCCCCAAUAUCUAAUGUUAAUUUCCCAACCUUUGUGGUAAGAUCCAUGGGGAAUAUUUUUCCCUGCAAAAGCCAGGUGCCUGGGACAAGUAAAGAGGCAGAAAACUGACACCCUGUACAAUACAUCCAGCAGGACCUUUGGUUUUCACAAAGUUCCAUACCCUCAUCCAGCUCUAGGGAUUUUCUUGCUGUAUCACUCACCAUCUGUGGGGCAGCUUUUUGAACUGGCAGUGAGAGAUGUGCAGUGCAAGCAUGACUGAAAUCGGGAAGUGGAGCUGGAGCAAGAAUUGUGGGAAGCUCGUAGGCAUCUCUUGGCCCUUCCCAGCCCCACCAGACUCAAUUUGUUGUGUUCUAGGAUGAUGUGUCAAAAUAUGGAACAUAGUUGGUCCAGGGACAGCAAAUGAAUAGUGUAAUGGAAAUAAACAUUUGGGAACUUGCUGUUUGUGUUAAUUAGCUCAGGGCACAGUUACUUGAUCAGUUGCCAAAGGCUUGUGUGGGAAGCACACAAGGACAUGCAGGUACUCCUGCUGGUUCAGGGAUGGAUGCAGAGCAUGGCUAUAGAGGGGGAGAUCCCAGCCUGGAGCCAAGCUGUCAUAUCCCAGCCAAGCUGCAUUGCUGUCCCAGUGGGAGUUAGCUAAAGGACCAAACAGACCUGUGUCCUUGAUAACAGGCUGGAGAUAACUGUUUCCCGACCCUCCCCCCAACACACAGAGACACAGGCUGGUCUUGGAGACUUUUAGGCUUCUCAGUCUUCCUUGUGUGUGAAUGGAACAAAUCAGAGGAUGCAGAGGAUCAGAGAAAGAAGAGAGUGGCAGAUAAGUUAGAAAAAGCCAAAGGGAAUGGAUAAUUAAAGUAGGGUAGAGAAAGGAGCGGGGUUGGGGUAAGGUAAAGAGAAGAUGUACUGGAGGUGUGCAGUCCAGAAAAAGAAAGGAGUGAUGGAGAUGCAGGGGUAGAGAAAAGGAAGAAAUGAAGGAGCAAUAGGGGCAAAUGUGGACUGUAGAGCUACAGGACAGGAUAAAAGAAGAGCAAAACAGGCAAAGUGGGGACAAAGGAAGGAGCUGAGGAAGGGCAGGGCCUGGGCUGCAGGGUGGGGUAAAAAUCAUAGAAUCAUAAGAAAACAGAACUCAAAGGGAACUCCAGAGAUCUAGUUGAACCCCCUGCCUGAGGCAGGAUCAUUCCUAUCCAAAACAUCCUAUACAAAUCCAUCGUUUAUCUUAUUAGCAAAACUACACAGUCAAUCCUGAUACAGCCACAGGACAACACCCUAACCUGCCAAAAAUAAGGCAGGGGGACCAUAGUGGCCAACAUCCUGUUGCUGCAAAGGUUGUUAAAAUACACUUAAAUUCCAGGAAGAGGCCUAUGCCCCCUGCUGUGAAGGAAGGUGUAACAGCCAAAACCAAAGAAAUUAAUAAGCAAUAAAUAUGUGCUUCUUAGAGGCAUUUGAAAUUUUUGUCUAAUAUAAAGCUUGUAUUUUUGUAACCCACAAAUGUAACUUGUAACUGUUUGUAAAACUCACUAGGCCCCAAAGACAAAGCUAUAGUUGUAAAAUUAGCUGACCUAAUGGUUCUUUCUUGCUCAGAAUUUAGCCUUGAUGAUGAUAAAAACUGGAUUCACCCGCUGGCCUACCCAGCACAUUCCAGGAAAGCACAUUUCAAAAAAGCAUAGUCAGAGAGAUCUAAAGGGGUUAAAUUUAGGUGGAA